AUGCUUCCGUAUAUCAAUAUUCCCUUCGUUUCAGUCUCCAGGCUCACUGGUGCCUCCGUUGACGAGCUCAAGCUACUCACAUCCUUUCUCCUCUCCUAUCCCCUCGCCGCGAUCCUUAAACGUCUUCCCGACUCCAAGCCAUGGCAGAAGAACGCUUUUAUUAUUCUCGUCUCUAUCUUUUACUUGGUCGGGCUCUUUGACCUCUGGGAUGGUCUCCGUACCCUUCUCUAUAAUGCAGCCGGCGCGUACGCCAUUGCAUACUUCGUUGACGGAUCGCUAAUGCCGUGGGUUGGCUUCGUAUUUUUAAUGACGUAUAUGUCUAUUAGCCAUAUAUAUCGUCAAAUUGUUGCCGAGCCAUCCUCUGUCGAUAUAACAGGCGCGCAGAUGGUACUGGUGAUGAAACUUAGCGCCUUUUGCUGGAAUGUGCACGAUGGUCGGGUUGCCGAAAAUUUGCUGUCGGACGCGCAGAAGCACGCGGCCAUUAAGAAGCUUCCUAGCAUAUUGGAUUUCGCGGGCUAUGUUUUUUUCUUUCCUUCCUUGUUUGCUGGACCAGCGUUCGACUAUGUCGAGUAUCGUCGGUGGAUUGAGACGACCAUGUUUGAUCAUCCCCCAGGUUCGGACCCGUCAAAGGUGCCUGCAGUACGCAAGAAGCGAAAAAUUCCUCGCAGUGGCCGCCCUGCGAUGCGAAAAAUGCUCAUCGGACUACUUUGGAUCUUGGUUUUCAUUCAGGCUGGGCCGUGGUUUAACAAAACGAUAAUACUCAGUCCAGAAUAUCUAAGCUACGGCUUUUUGAAGCGCGUUUUUUUCCUACAGAUGCUUGGUCUCACUGCACGGACUAAAUAUUAUGGCGUAUGGACUUUGACUGAAGGCGCUUGUAUCCUCAGUGGCAUGGGCUAUAACGGUUUCGAUCCGCAGACUGGGAAGGCAUAUUGGAAUAAGCUAGAAAACGUGAACCCGUUGGAGCUAGAAACCGCCCAGAGUCCCCAUGGCUUUUUGGGUAAUUGGAACAAGAACACCAAUCACUGGCUGCGAAACUAUAUUUACCUACGAGUCACUCCGAAGGGAAGAAAGCCUGGCUUCAGAGCUAGUCUGGCAACAUUCCUAACCAGCGCUACAUGGCAUGGCUUCUACCCAGGCUACUAUCUCACCUUCAUACUUGGGGCAUUUGUUCAGACAACAGCGAAGAACCUGCGUCGUCAUCUUCGCCCCUUUUUCAUGACACCUGAUGGCUCCAAGCCUACGCCGCAAAAGCGCUAUUAUGAUAUUUUGGGCUGGGUGACCACCCAACUUACCCUCUCCUUCGUUGUCGCCCCAUUCAUCCUUCUCACAUUUGGCGACUGCAUUGCGGCCUGGGCACAUGUAUACUAUUAUGGAAUUUUCGGGAUUGCUGUAUCGCUUGUAUUCUUCGCCAGCCCAGCAAAAGCGAUUUUAGUGCAGAAAAUCAAAUUGAGAAAUAAAGGAUUUACGCCUCCUCCGCGUGACGAGAAAGCUGCAAGCGACAAGGUGUUGUCUCCGGGCCCAACUCUGGGAUUGCCGGAUGACCCCGAAAGAGACUUUGAUGAGGCAAUGAGAGAAAUCAAGGCGGAGAUUGAGGCGAGAAAGAGAAAUGGGAGUGUAGUGAAUAUGCCGUCUGGCCAGGAAUUGAUCGCGUUGAUUGAAGAAAAGUUGAAAUCACGAUGUUGA